CUAGAGGAGUGUUGGUGCAAGUGUAAGUGCAAUGGGUUCAAAGAACGGGCACCACCCAAGGAUAUAGAGAAAUAUAAGUUGGAAAGCCCUAAGUCGUUCCAUUACUUGAAUCAAUCCAAUUGCUAUGUGUUGGAUGGAGUAAAUGAUGCCCAUGAAUAUCUAGCAACUAGAAGGGCUAUGGACAUUGUUGGAAUCAACAAGCAAGAGCAGGAGGUGAUUUUUAGGGUUGUGGCAGCAAUUCUUCACCUUGGUAAUAUUGAUUUUGCUAAAGGAAAGGAGAUUGAUUCCUCUAUUGUAAAGGAUGAAAAGUCUAGAUUCCAUCUUAAAAUGACAGCUAAACUUCUAAAGUGCAAUGCCCAGAACUUGGAGGAUGCACUUAUAAAGCGUGUCUUGGUGAUACCUAAAGAAGUUAUUACAAUAACUCUCGAUCUUGUGGCUGCAGUGGGUAGUAGAGAUGCUUUAGCUAAAAUAAUAUAUUCACGUCUAUUUGAUUGGAUUGUGGAGAAAAUCAACAUUUCGAUUGGGCAGGAUCCCAACUCAAAGUCAUUAAUUGGAGUUCUUGAUAUUUAUGGUUUUGAAAGGUUUAAGUGCAAUAGCAUGUCUUUAAAAUGGAACAAGAAGAAUACACCAAGGAGGAAAUCAAUUGGAGCUACAUAGAAUUUGUUGAUAACCAAGAUGUUUUGGAUCUGAUUGAGAAGCAUUCCCGGGUAAGGACUUGCUUCUCAGAAGAAGCAGCCUCAUCAAGCCACUGAAAAAUUCAAUGUGCACUCCUAUAUGAGAGCACCAAAAAAUACAAACUCGGGGCAGAAGACUUGAGGGCAAUUCUAAAGAUCGACCCAAGUAACAAGAUUGCAAGAAGUACCGUACCAUUCACCGUUUAACCAAACUAGCUGACUAGAGAAUAUCUCCCCCCUUGAACUUUGGAUUGAACAAUUCUUAUUCUGUCUUUUUGCCAUUUAGGUAUAAGAUGCACUAGCUUUGUUUUCUUUACAUAGAAUUCAUCUCAAGCGUAAAAACAAAAUACCUUUUUCACUUGGAAGCAUGGGUUAUCUGCUGAUGAUUUGAUAUGUAAUGAAUCAACUGAACAUCCAUAGGAUUUGGUACCAUCAAUUGAUGAAGUUACACCUGAAUUGACUCUUUACAUCCAUUGGACAAGGAAAAGUCGGAGGUGAUAAAGAUGAAGCAUCCACAUCAAACCAAGCCAAGGGUUUUGGGAAUCAUGAAGCUAUCUUCUCCAUACAAAAUGGUGGUAUUUGGAUGACAAGGGUUUUGGGAAUCAUCCAUUAUCUAGAGGAUGAAACUGUAGACUUUACUGAGCCACAAUUUGAAUCAUUUUGCAUGGCAAAUGUUCAACCAACCGCAAGUGUUUUGAGAAUGGAUGAUGAAAAUUGUAGUAGAGAAUGAAUCAAUUUGAAACUUAACAUGUAUUAAUGUGAUUCGAAUGUAUUAAUUUUGUUUGGUAGAAAAAUAUUUUGAAUGGAAAUAGAUCUUUUAAAUUGC